UUCGUAUUGAACUCAAACUAACUCAAAAGAAGCAGAAGCUACUCUGCUUGUGUAGUGAAUUUUGAUAGUGAUUGUCGUUUCUCCUAAAAUUGAAGUAAUUUCACACAAGCACACUGUAAUUAACAAACCAACCAUGAAAAUCUAUCACGUUCCUUGUCUGCAAGACAAUAAUUCCUUCUUAAUCGUUGACGAGAGUACGAAAGAAGGUGCCGUGGUGGACCCUAUAGAGCCUGAGAAGGUUCUAGAAGUUGCCAAUUCGCAUGGGGUCAAUCUGAAGCUCGUUCUCACCACGCAUCAUCAUGGUGAGCAUGCUGGUGGAAAUGAAAAGAUAAAGGAAUUGGUGGCAGGAAUUAGAGUCUACGGUGGUUGGAUUGAUAACGUCAAGGGUUGCACUGAUAAGGUUGAAAAUGAAGAUAGGGUAUCCCUGGGAGCUGAUAUUAAUAUAUUGUCUCUUCACACACCAUGCCACACCAAAGGUCACAUAAGCUAUUAUGUCACCGGCAAAGAGGGGGAGCAACCGGCUGUUUUUACUGGAGAUACACUGUUUAUUGCUGGUUGUGGGAAAUUUUUUGAAGGAACAGCAGAAGAUAUGUAUGAGUCACUCUGUGUAACAUUAGCUUCGUUACCGAAGCAAACCCGAGUUUACUGUGGACACGAGUACGCAGUGAAGAACUUGCAAUUUGCUAUGACAAUUGAGCCAGAUAAUUUGAGGAUACAGCAGAAACUAACAUGGGCUAAGAAUCAGAACCAAGCUGGCCAACCCACAACUCCCUCCACCAUUCAGGAAGAAAUGGAAACCAACCCAUUUAUGAGGGUUCACCUACCUCAGAUUCAGGAGAAAGUAGGCUGCAAGUCUCCAAUUGAAGCUUUGAGAGAGUUAAGGAAGCUCAAAGACAAGUGGAUGAUGGGGUAGUGGUGUUAUUAUUGUCUAUAGUAAUAUGUGUUGGUGAAAACUGAAAAAGAGAUACGAGAUAGUUGUCGUGUUUGCACAAUGUAUGUUACGUUGGUUAGUCUAAUGCUAAGAUGUUCCAUUUCAUUCAUGUUA